AUGGCUCUACCGACCCUUCAAGCUGUGGAGGACUGCGGCGACUACUACAAGACCAUCGAGCCCUUCCUCCCCCAGCUCUACGAGCUCCCGCGCAAGCUUCUCGACAACUACGCGAAUCUAGACGCCCUCGCGCAGCUCUACGUCGAAACGAACCCCUUCAUCUCGGGCGCCGCCUUCUCCGUCUUUCUCGGCUUCCUCUUCCUCGUCACGGCGGAGAUCAAUAGGAACUUUUCGCAGGUGGACAGGGCCUGGAGCAUCCUCCCUGCCAUCUAUAACAUACACUUUGCUGUGUGGGCGCGGCUCGCGGGCGAGCCUCACGAGAGGACGGAUCUGGUUGCUCUGUUCUCCAUUGUGUGGAGCAUUCGCUUGACUUUCAACUACUGGCGCAGGGGCGGAUAUCAGAUCGGGUCUGAAGACUACAGAUGGGCCUACGUUCAAACAUGGAUGCACCCGAUCUUGUUCUCGCUCUUCGACCUUCUCUUCAUCGCCUUCACGCAGAGCAUCCUUAUCUUCCUGUUCUCGUCGAGCCCCGCCUACGUCAUCCUCCUCACCAACAAGUUCAAGCCCGAACUGAGCUCGUCGGAUUUCGGGUACCUUGCCUGGCAGCUUCUCCUCGUCUUCAGCGAGUUCAUCUCCGACGGACAGCAGUGGAGGUACCAAAACGCGAAGCACAAGUAUCAAAAGGACGCCAAGCUUCCUCGUGAAUACUCUCAGGCCGACCUCGAUCGGGGUUUCAUCACCUCGGGUAUUUGGGCCUACAGCCGCCAUCCCAACUGCGCCGCCGAGCAGCUCAUCUGGUUCUUCCUGUACCAGUGGGCUUGCAAUGCCUCUGAAACCUUGUACGGAUGGGCCGCCAUCGGCAGCUGCUCUUUGAUUCUUCUUUUCCAGGGCUCAACCAUCCUCACCGAGUCCAUCAGCAGCAGAAAGUACCCCGAAUACGUCCACUACCAGGAUACCCCCAAGGUUAUCCGGACGAGCGAUCUGCUCAAGAAGCAGAAGCAGAAGCAGGGAAAGCGUGAGUGA